GCGCGAUGCGAGCUCGCGCGCCUGGAAGCCCGGACGGGCGGCGACCGACCCCGCUCCCCGCGCCGAGCCCAGCCCGGGACGCUGAGGUGCAGCGGCGCCGUGCGCGUCUCCUCCCUCGCCCGGGAGGGAACUUUCGAACUUAGUUAGGAAGCCGGACGGUCCGUGCGUCCGCAGGUCUGUGCGUUGGUCCGGGGCCGGCCGGAGCCGAGCGCGGCUUUUCGUCACUCGGAGCCCGGAUUGAACGGCGCGCGUGGGUUUCCCCGCGGCCCUGGCGCAGACGCGCGGGCUCCAUGGCACUGUGUGUUUGAUGGUGAGAGUGCCUACGUGGGGAUGAGUGACGGAAACCCAGAGCUCCUAUCAACCAGCCAGACCUACAACAGCCAGAACGAGAGCAACGAAGACUAUGAGAUCCCCCCAAUAACACCUCCCAACCUCCCAGAGCCAUCCCUCCUGCACCUGGGGGACCACGAAGCCGGCUACCACUCACUGUGCCACGGCCUCACGCCCAACGGGCUGCUCCCUGCUUACUCCUACCAGGCCAUGGACCUCCCAGCCAUCAUGGUGUCCAACAUGCUGGCCCAGGACAGCCACCUGCUAUCGGGCCAGCUGCCCACGAUCCAGGAGAUGGUCCACUCAGAGGUUGCUGCCUAUGACUCGGGCCGACCAGGGCCCCUGCUGGGCCGCCCGGCGAUGCUGGCCAGCCACAUGAGCGCUCUCAGCCAGUCCCAGCUCAUUUCUCAGAUGGGCGUCCGGAGCGGCAUCGCCCACAGCUCCCCGUCACCCCCAGGGAGCAAGUCGGCGACCCCCUCUCCCUCCAGUUCAACUCAGGAGGAGGAGUCGGAAGCACAUUUCAAGAUGUCGGGAGAAAAGAGACCCUCCGCCGACCCCGGCAGAAAGGCCAAGAACCCAAAGAAGAAGAAGAAGAAGGACCCCAAUGAGCCACAGAAACCUGUGUCAGCCUACGCGCUUUUCUUCAGAGACACUCAGGCCGCCAUCAAGGGACAGAACCCCAGUGCAACCUUCGGGGAUGUGUCCAAAAUCGUGGCCUCCAUGUGGGACAGCUUGGGAGAGGGGCAAAAGCAGGCCUACAAGAGGAAGACCGAAGCAGCGAAGAAGGAGUAUCUGAAGGCUCUGGCAGCCUACAGGGCCAGCCUUGUCUCCAAGAGCUCCACUGACCAGGGUGAGACCAAGAGCACUCAGGCGAACCCACCGGCCAAAAUGCUCCCACCCAAGCAGCCCAUGUACGCCAUGCCAGGCCUGGCCUCCUUCCUGACGCCAUCUGACCUGCAGGCCUUCCGCAGCGGGGCCUCCCCCGCCAGCCUUGCCCGGACGCUGGGCUCCAAGUCGCUGCUGCCGGGCCUCAGCGCAUCCCCGCCACCGCCCCCUGCCUUCCCUCUCAGCAGCCCCCUGCACCAGCAACUGCCACUGCCGCCCCACACCCAGGGCACCCUCCUCAGCCCACCUGUCAGCAUGUCCCCAGCCCCCCAGCCUCCCAUCCUGCCCGCUCCCAUGGCACUCCAGGUGCAGUUGGCCGUGAGCCCCUCACCUCCAGGGCCACAGCAGGACUUCCCUCACAUCUCUGAGUUCCCCAGUGGUUCCGGAUCCCGCUCCCCUGGCCCAUCCAAGCCCACGAGCAGCGGAGACUGGGACGGCAGUUACCCCAGCGGGGAGUGUGGCAUCAGCACCCGCAGGUCGGCCCUCACCCCACUCGCCCGCCCUUGGUGCUGCCCUUGUCCUGCCUCCACGUGGAGCGUGAGGAUGGGAUGACAGGGUGGGAAAGGACAAGGGGGACACUGCAGGUCACUGUCAGCCCUGCAGGAGGGCCUCGUGGGCACCGGGUGCCCGUCGUCUUCAGGAGAGGGCCAAAGCAAGGCCCCAGAGGGACUCAGCUGGUCUGGUGCCAGGCCCGCAGGGGAAACUAAGGCCUGUCUUCACUCUUGCUGUUUUUCCUUCCAUCCUGUUUUUGUUCGCAAGUGCUUGACAUGGCAUUCAUAGCUAAGCCAUCUGUCUUCAGUCAGCUUCCUCAGAAGCAGAGCUUGAGGCAGGGA